ACCAAAAGAUACCCCAUUCACCAUUCUCUCAUUCUCUCUUUAUUAUAUUCUUCCCUGUAGUAGUAAUGGAGGGUGUAAUAUUUGCCAUAGGUGGUGGUACACUAUUUGCACUUGCAGUUGCUGUUUACUUUUGGUAUCUCAAAAGUUAUGCCACCUCCCAUCAAUCUAAACAUCUCCCUCCUGUUCCUGCGGUGCCAGGGGUACCAGUAUUGGGGAAUUUACUGCAGUUAAAGGAAAAGAAACCAUACAUGACAUUUACAAAAUGGGCAGAUAUGUAUGGGCCUAUUUAUUCCAUUAAAACCGGUGCCACUUCCAUGGUGGUCGUUAGUUCCAAUGAAAUCGCCAAAGAGGCUUUGGUUACCAGAUUCUCAUCUAUCUCAACAAGAAAGCUAUCAAAGGCUUUAGAGGUUCUCACAUCUGAUAAAACUAUGGUAGCCAUGAGUGAUUACGAUGACUAUCACAGAACUGUGAAACGCAAUAUACUCACCGGUAUCUUGGGUCCAAAUGCUCAGAAGAAACAUCGUGUCCAUAGGGACAUCAUGAUCGAGAAUAUUUCAAACCAAUUACAUGCAUUUGUUAAAAACUCUACCGAAGAAGAAGUUAACUUCAGGAAAAUAUUUCAGUCAGAACUUUUUGGAUUGGCAAUGAGACAAACAUUGGGAAAGGAUGUUGAAAGCUUAUACGUGGAGGAUCUCGGAAUCACCAUGAAACGAGAUGAGAUCUUUCAAGUCUUGGUUGUUGAUCCAAUGAUGGGUGCAAUUGAGGUUGACUGGAGAGAUUUCUUCCCGUAUUUGAAGUGGGUACCGAAUAGAAAGUUUGAGAACACAAUCCAACAGAUGUAUGUCCGGAGGGAAGCUGUGAUGAAGGCCCUUAUUAAACAACAUAAAAACCGAAUUGCUUCAGGGGAGAACUUGAACAGCUACAUUGAUUACUUGCUAUCAGAAGCACAAACACUUACAGAUAAUCAACUUCUAAUGUCCCUAUGGGAGCCAAUUAUCGAAUCAUCAGACACCACAAUGGUCACCACAGAAUGGGCAAUGUAUGAACUAGCCAAAAAUCCCAAAAUUCAGGAUCGUCUGUACAAGGAUAUCCAAAGUGCAUGCGGGUCAGACAAGAUCACUGAGGAAAAGUUGUCACAGAUACCAUUCAUAUCUGCCAUCUUUCAUGAAACAUUAAGAAGGCAUAGUCCUGUUCCUAUAAUUCCAUUAAGAUAUGUGCAUGAAGAUACAGAACUAGGAGGGUACCAUGUCCCAGCUGGAACUCAGUUAACAGUGAACAUUUAUGGAUGUAACAUGGAAAAAAAUGUGUGGGAGAAUCCUGAAAAAUGGAACCCAGAGCGGUUUAUGAGGGAAAAUGAAACCAAUGAUUUUCAGAAAACAAUGGCUUUUGGAGGAGGAAAAAGAGUGUGCGCCGGUUCUCUUCAAGCAAUGUUGAAUUCUUGCAUCGGAAUUGGAAGAAUGGUUCAAGAGUUCGAGUGGAAGCUUAGAGAAAAAGCAGAAGAAGAUAUUAAUACGCUUGGGCUCACUACACAGAAGCUUCAUCCUCUACGUGCCAUUAUAAAGCCAAGAAAAUGAUGCACUUGUUGAAGUUUAGUGAGGCACAUCCACAUCCCAUAGGAAAAAAAUUGCAUUUCUAGUUUGUGAGGACCAUGAGAUCUACCUGCAUUUAGGUCCAACUUUUUAAUCUGUUAAAAGUUCAAAUAAUGCAAAUAUGUUAUCUAAGAAAGUUUCAUUCCUAUUUUAAAUAUAGAUAUAUAUCAGUAUUAUGAUCAA